CGUACCCUCCGUCUGAACUCGACAUGGGCGAUGCACUGAGUGUGUACAGCCCCAGUUGUGGCACAGAGGGCAGUCGAGUGCCUUCACCGGCAAGCAUAAGCAGCCAACCAACGAAUACACGUCAAAGUGCCGAAGGAAACGUGGAUCAUCCACCUAGGAGCGAGUCCACGCGCGGCCGAGGAAAAAGAAAUCAGGCUGGAGGGCUUGAACAAGCGGACUAUGACUUCAUGGAAAAAAGGAUGAAGCAUGAUCAACUUAUGAAACAUAAGGACUUCGUCAUCGAAUCGAGGCGCAUCGCACUGGAGGAACAGCGCCAUGCCUGGGAAAAGGAGAAAACUCUUAGGGAAAUUGAAUUGAAAGAGCAAGAACCGAAACAAAACGCUUUUGACAAGGCAGAGGAAAGACCCAUACGAUUGGAAGAGCGCGCUGAGGAAAGGCGUCAGAGGGCGGAAGAACGCGCCGAGGAAAGGCGUGAAAGGGCUGAAGAGCGCCGCAUGUUCACAGCUCAACAGCAAAGUCUUAUGGGCAUCAUGGAAAAUAUUUUGAACAAGAUUAACACGCUGGAAAAUGUUGUAAGAAACAACAAAUAAAAGAACACUGUUGAUUUUGGCA